AUGACUUCAAGGUUUGGUGCCCGCUGCCUCUUCUGCUUCUGCAACACCAUCCUCUGCCUCAUCCUAGCCCUUUUCAUAUUCUGGUUGAUCUUCCUUCCCAAGGAGCCCGAAUUCACCGUCUCCAAUGCCUCACUGACCCAAUUCAGUUUCUACAAUAACACUCUCUACUACAACCUUGCGCUCAACAUCACCAUCCAAAACCCCAACAAAAGGGUUGGCAUAUACUACCGUCACAUCCAAGUCAUUGCUAACUACAGAAAGGAGAGGUUUUCAAUGGUUAAUUUGACUUCGCCGCCAUUUUACCAAGGCCACAAGAACACAACCUUUUUGCAUGAUGUACUUGUUGAAGGGCAGGAGUUGGUGGAGUUUGGGGAACAUGAACUUUCUCAGUUUAACUCGGAGACUGCUGCCGGCGUUUACAAUAUUGAUGUGAAGCUAGCUCUGUGGGUAAGAGCCAAGUAUGGAAAGUUCAAGACAGCUGAUUAUGGUUCUAGCAAGAUCGACUGCAAGCUGAAGGUUCCUUUGAGUUUUAGUGAAACACCUGCAACUGGUUUCAAUACCACAAAGUGCGGCAAUGUUUAUGUCCUCACAAAUCCUUGA